UUAAAAUACUUGGUAAUGGAUGAAGUGGAUUCCAUGCUUGGUGGCAACCUUGGUCCUGAAAUCCAUGAAAUUAUCAAACAACUACAAAAUCAUGAAUCAAAAUCCAGUUUCAAAAGAUUGCAAACAAUUUUGGCAAUUUCCACUAUAGCUGAGGUUUUGGGUGAAAAUUCCCCGCUUGUAAAACGUCUUGAGCGUGAUCAUGCUGGAAAUAUUUCUGCAUUGUCUUUAGAAAUGGAGCAAAGUGAAGUUUUUCAUUUGACAGAGUCUUUUGAUGCUCUUAGGACAAAAUUGGAGGAGGCCAUGAAUUCCCUUUAGAAAUAACAGUAACAUUUUGUGACUAAAAAAAAACAUCAACAUUUUUGUCUACAAGUUCUCUGGCAUAUUACGAAAGAAGAUAAAUCAAAAUAGGUUUUAUGAUCUUUGUGACAGUAUGGGAUGUAAUUCUUGUAAUUCUUUUAAGUUGUGGGUAUAAAUAUAUAUAUUUUGUUCUAGA